AAAUAAAUAACUUGUUUCUGUUUUCUAUUUUAUUUUCGUCUCAUGUUUUCUAGAUCAUCAGAUCAAAGAAGCAUGCACAAAUCAGCGAGCUGGAGCAGGGUGUCGGAUGACUACUUCAAGGGCUCUGUGUCGGGGCUGAGAAUGUCACCGAUGGCCACGGCAACAGAAAGCAACAACCACCUGCCUUUGUAUGACAACGCUAUCAUGGAUGUGCCUAAGAAGGAAAAAUCUCGAACCAAGUUCGCUGAGAAUGCUGUUCACGUCAUUCCUUUUGUGUUGCUUGUAUGCGCCUUGAUUCUUUGGUUAUUUUCUAAUCCAGAUGUGGAAGUAGGAAUGAGGGGGGAUUCAAUGGCAUCGAGAAUUGAAGGACUGACCAUCGACGGCGACAUUGACAACGACAGCGAUGGUACCCAGACAGGCUUUUUGCCGCUCUUGGAUGCCGGCGACGUGGAAGAAAGCAAGCAAGAUUCCCAGGACAACAGGAAAUUGGGGAAGAAAUUAAGUUUAAACGCCGCUGUUUCCCAGUUUCGCUAGCCUUUUUUUUGCGAUAUUAUUUUUUUUUCUCUUUUUUUUUUAAUGUUCUUAUUUUUAUCGUCUUUGUACUUUUGUCCCCAUUGAAAAUAGAAAAAAAAAAAAGGAAAAAAAAAUGUUUUGUGGCUAUUUUUAAUUUUUUUGGGAUCAUUUUUAUUAGCUUUCUAAUGAAUUCAUAAUCUAGCA